UCCCCCUCUUCGGCGGAGGGCGCCCACUCGAGGGGUGGGAGGUGCAGGCGGGAGAGGGUCCCUGUGUUCCCCGUGCUUUGCAUCCGAGCCUGCAGGUGGGCUUGGCACAUCAGCCCCAGGAGCUUGUGGCUAUCCGGGGCUGCAGGGGUUAAAUCAAUGUCCCACAGACUGAGGAACAAGAGGAGGGAAUAAAGGAACCUGCGGUAUUCCUCGUGGUCCCGAGCCAUGGGAAAAUGGGGCGAGGCAGUGUGAGUCAGUCUGGAGAGGAGCAGCAUCUCAAAGGGGACUCAGCCAGGAGGCAAGACCCGAGGUGGGAGAACCAUAGCAGCCAAGGAGCGUGGACACGGGCUGGCUGGUGAUGGAGAGCAUCUCCUCUUCCUCUUCCCUCUUCUCUGCCAGUUCCCCCACUGUGCCACCUGAGAACACCACUGCCCAUGAUGACUCCUCCAGCCUCCAGAAGAGCAUGCACAUCCUCUCCAUGGUGGUGUACGGCAUCGCCUGUCUGCUGGGGGUGACGGGGAACGGCCUGGUCAUCUGGAUCGCAGGCUUCAAGAUGAAGAAAACGGUGAACUCCGUCUGGUUCCUCAACCUGGCCAUUGCUGACUUCAUCUUCACGUUUUUCCUGCCCCUCAGCAUCGCCUACACCGCCCUGGGCUUCCACUGGCCGUUUGGGAAGCUCCUCUGCAAGCUCAACAGCACCAUCGCCUUCCUCAACAUGUUUGCCAGCGUCUUCCUCCUGACAGUCAUCAGCAUGGACCGCUGCGUUUCCGUCGCCUUUCCCAUCUGGUCUCACAACCACAGGAGUCCGGAGCUGGCAGGCAGGAUCUCACUGGGGACGUGGGUCCUGGCUCUCUUCCUCAGCUCUCCGUACCUCGUCUUUCGGGACACUGUGGUCAGCUCCAGGAACAUCACCAGCUGCUAUAAUAACUUUGCCCUCUCCGAUGACUACACGUCCGAAGCCACGCGGAGGCUGUGGAGGAUGCGGCAUAAAGCGAUGAUCGUAACGCGAUUCCUGUGUGGGUUCCUCAUCCCUUUCACAGUGAUUGUCAUCUGCUACAUCGUUGUUGCUGUCAAGAUGAAAAGAAGGCAGUUGGCCAGCUCUGCAAAGACAUACAGAAUUAUCAUUGCUGUCACAAUCUCAUUUUUCCUCUGUUAUUUCCCCUACCAUGUCUUCUCCUUGCUGGAAAUAUCCAAAAACUCUUCCAGUCAUGAGGUGAAAAUGGCACUUUACAUAGGGAUCCCUGUGGUUUCCAGCCUUGCUUUCUUCAACAGCUGCAUCAACCCCAUCCUGUAUGUCUUUGUGGGGCCAGAUUUCAAGGAGAAGUUUCGCCAGUCCAUCCUGUCAACCUUUGAAGGGGCCUUCAGUGAGGAGUCGUUCCUGGGCAGCCUGAGCAGCAGGAGAAAGUCCAGGUGUGCUUCAGAAGCUGAGGUCCCAAGGGACUGAGCGAGUGCUGGUGUGUGUGUGUGUGUGUGUGUGUGUGUGUAGCAGUUCUUUUCUCUGCAAGUUCUCCUUGUUUCAGAGCUGCAGUUGCAGGACUGGGGGCUGCAAAGGGCUGUGCAUGCAAACAAAGAGUGAUUUGAAGUUUUGGAGGUAUCUCAAACCUUCUAUGACUUAAUAUAUUGCAGAAAUCAAACAACUAUCUGGAGCUGAGCUACAGCUCAGUGGAAAAAGGAAAGUCAAAGGAUGUUUGUGCCCCAUUUUGUGCCACUUCCUUGGCUGCCUUCCUUCCCUGUUCCUUUUCCACUCCCUAUGGUCCAUCGUACCUGGCAAUCUGGGUGAAGUCUUUGGGGACAAGUCCUGUUUGCAUUUCCAUUGGGUUAACCUGCCUGCAGUGCAUUUGCACAUGGCAAGCCAAGGGAACAGUUUGUUUCUUGCCCUUGCCAGACUUUCCUGGUAGCUGAACUCUGCUGGAGUUCCACCAGGGGGCAAAGAUUUCCGGUGGUGCCACAGUAAGAGGGCUGCACUGGCAUUUCGGUGCCCAGAGAGGAGAAGGGAGGGGGAAGCUAUUCCAUAAAUAAAGAAAAUACAAAGAUCCUUUCCUGUGUAUCACUGCAGUCUGGUGCAUGAGCUCCUGAAGUUUAAGCAGAGGAUAAUAAUAAUAAAAAAAAUUAAUUGAAUGUGUAGUGGGAUCUAUCUGGAGGCCUUCUCAAAAAUGUUUCCUUUGAAAAAGGGGAUUAAGUCAAAUGGCUGCAUGCAUUUUGUAGGGAGUAGCUGGUGAAACACUCAUCUUUUCUCUCCCCCCAGAUGUGUGGAAAGAUGAGUUAUUAGUUGUGCUCCAGUUACUCAGGGUUGAUGUACAGCGUAACUAUUUCUGAGAAGUCGUUGUCUGUGUGAGUGUGUCUGACACAUUUCUAGCCCUCAAGUAGCACAGUUCUGACAUUUGGUACUGUUGGUGAAUGAAUCUUAAGCCUCAUUAAACAGAUGUAAAACAUA